GUUCAACCUCACUUCAACCUUCUUGCUGCAACCAUCCCACUACUGAUCCCAGCACUAACGAAACAGAACCCAAGAUGUCAACAUACCCCAUAAUCGACGUAUGGGCGAACCCCAUCCUCCCUCUAGACCAAGGCGUCCCGGAGGUCCGCCGCCUCUUCGAGCAAUCCCACGCAGACACAACCCUCCUCUCCAAGCGGCGCACGCCCGCCGAGCUCGUCGCCCUCAUGGACGCCGCAGGCGUCUCCCAAAUCUGCCUCUGCGCGUGGUAUCGCCCCGGGCAGGCGGUGUUCUCGAACGAGGACGUAGCGGAGUUCACGCGCGCGUUCCCGGACCGCUUUAUCGGUAUUGCGGGGGUCGACUUGCUGGACCCCGUGGGGUAUGUGAGGGAGGUGGAGAAGUAUGUUAGGGUGGAGGGCUUUAGGGGCGUCAGGGUUGUGCCUUGGUUGUGGAAUCUGGCGCCGACGGAUAGGCAUUACUGGCCGCUCUACGUCAAGUGCAUUGAGCUUGAUGUUCCGUUCCUCACCCAAGUCGGACACACCGGGCCUCUUUGCCCCAGUGAAGUCGGCCGACCUGUCCCGUACAUCGACGAAAUCGCCCUCAAGUUCCCCUCCCUCUCCAUCAUCUGCGGGCACAUCGGCUUCCCCUGGACGCAAGAAAUGAUAGGCGUAGCGUGGAAGCAUCCUAACGUGUACAUCGACACAUCCGCAUACUUGCCCAAGUACUAUCCCCCGGAGUUGAUCCAAUUCGCCAACACGACCGGGAAGAAGAAGGUCAUGUUCGGGACGAACUUCCCCCAGCUGGGCUGGGAUAAGUGUGUCAAGUCCGCGAAUAAGGAUCUCAAGCUGAGGGAGGAUGUGAAGGCGGCGUUCUUUGGGGGGAAUGCGGCGAGGGUUUUGAAAUUGGGUGCCCCCUCCGCUGUAGGUGGAGUGGCUAGGGAGGGGAAGCUGUGAAGUGAAUAUGUCUGUUGAGGUAAAGGGGUUUUGGCGUAUUGUUUGAGGUGUGUGGGAUUCGGGUGGUAUUGCUCAUUGACUGGGUAGAAUACGGGGUAGAAAGGGAGGUAGGGCCAAUUUGUACCUGACGUGCGACGUUAC